AUGGAACGUAAACGGCCCUACGAAGGUGAUCAACAAGAAGGCAAGAGGGCAGCUGCAGGAGGCCAAGUUAUUAAAAUGUUAUGUCCUGAUCUUGUUACAGGCUCUGUUAUAGGGAAAGGUGGUGAGGAAAUUAAAGCAAUCAAGGCCAAAACAAAUGCAGUAAUCAACGUGGCCAAGGCCGGCCAACAGUAUCCAGGCACAACUGACGAGAGGCCUAUUGCGAUCAAGGGUAACAAGCAGGCAAUGAUGGACGUUGUUUUGUUCGUGCAAGACAAGAUUUACAAUUCCGAUAAAGCAGACGAGGAAAGGAAGAAAAUUGUAAAAUUAGUGGUUCCAGAUACAUCAGCCGGCCGAAUCAUUGGUAGGGGUGGUGAAACAGUCAAGCGGCUGAGAUCCUCGUGGGGUGUUGACUUGUCACCGACUGGUAAAGGUGAAACUCCUGACGACUUAGACGAGAGAAUUGUCAGUAUUGACGGGGAAUGGGACAAUGUCGUCGGUUGCCUUGACGAAAUUCUUGACAUGAUUGUGAACGACCCAAAAUCCCUCAUGGAACUUGAAAUAGACUAUUCACAGUGGGCAGAUUUUGAACCAAAACCAGUUGAAAAGCGACCUAAACCAGAAGGCGCACCUCGAGGUUCAAGGGGGAGGGGCAGAGGAGGUCCUCCUCGGGGGAUGAUGCGAGGACGUGGUGGGCCACCUAGAGGUGGUUAUGGACCUCCACGUGGAGGAGGGUAUGGACCCCCACGUGGAUAUGGACCCCCUCGAGGUGGUCCAAGGGGUCGAGGAGGUUAUAGUGGUGGUUACGGGGGUGACUACGGUGGUUAUGGUGGAUAUGGUGGUCAUGGUGGAUAUUAUGACAGAUACAAUGAUUACAGUUGCACGUGGCUUGUCUAUGUCUCGGGCUGGUUGUGUACUAGACUUGCCUGCCUAGGUCCCUCUAAUCCUCUAUUUCUUAGCAUUAGCAGCAUCAUGGGUGAUCGCGAUCGUAAGCGAGGUCCUGACUCCGACCAUGGCCCACGAAAAGAAAUGCGCUCUGGGACCAUCAUUAAAAUGCUUUGUCCUUUCUAUAGUGCUGGCGCCAUCAUAGGUGACGGUGGCAAAGAAAUCAAGAGCAUUAAAGAAAAUAUGGGCAUUAACAUCCAGGUAUCUAAAAAAGAAGUAAGAUUCCCAGGUACUGACGAAAGGGUGGUUACUUUGCAGGGAGAAUGCGAGACCAUCAAGAAAGUCGUGAAGCACAUCCAAGAUCUGAUCAGGAACGACAAGCCUCCUCCAAGUGCCAAAUCAGUAGAUGUGGAGGGAAACGAGAAGAGGAAACGAGCUCUGAAGCUGGUAGUUGCUGAUACCUCCGCUGGAAGAAUCAUCGGUAAAGGUGGGGAGACGAUCAAAGCGUUGAAAGAGAGAUAUGCUGUAGCAGUGAACACGUCCAAAAAAGGAGACACACCUCCAGGGUUAGACGAGAGGAUCGUAUCAGUGGAGGGAGAUCAUGAGGAGGUUGACAACUGUGUGAGUGAGAUGGUUGAGACCAUCUGCGGAGACAGACAAGCUAGGAUGCUCUGGUUUGUGGACUACAACAAUAUUGGAGGCGGUUAUGAUGAUGGAUAUGGCCGAGGAAGCAGUGGUGGUGGUGGUGGUGGUGGUGGUGGAUACGACGGAGGAAGAUCGUCUUAUGGUUCCGGUUCAUAUGGCGGCUCCGGGGGAGGGGGCGGUUAUGGAGGUUAUGGUGGAUCCAGAGGCAGCUAUGGGAGCAGUGGCGGAUAUGGCGGAGGCAGCGGAUAUGGAGGUUAUGGAGGUGACAGCGGCUAUGGUUCUCGUAGUUAUGAUGAUCGUGGUUAUAGUGGCGGCUAUGGGGCACCUCAGGAGGGCUACAACGCCCCCGGAAGUAGAUACGGCUCAGGCAGCUACGGAAGAAGAUAGAUUUAAUGAUUUCAAGUAUUAUCUCAGCCAGAACUAUUUUAACCGUAAUGCCUUUUCAC